UUUACAUUUGGUCCGGAUGUUGUCAAAGAAUUUCUUGAUAUCCACGAUUUGGAUUUAAUUUGCCGAGCACAUCAAGUUGUUGAAGAUGGAUAUGAAUUUUUUGCCAAAAGGGGGCUUGUUACAAUUUUUUCUGCUCCAAAUUACUGCGGCGAAUUUGAUAAUGCCGGUGCCAUUAUGUCAGUUGAUGAAAAUCUAACAUGCUCUUUUCAGAUUCUAAAGCCUGUAGAUAAAAAGACCUUGGCCCUUUCAGUUGGCUCUGGAUCCCCAAUCUUGAUUAAUAACAGUUUUUAUUCUAUUCCUGAAGAACUAGCCAAACAGAUUUCGUCACCCAAAAUGACGAAGAAAAAAUAG